CGAUCUUAAAACCAAUAUCAUGGCACCUUCAAACAUGGAUUACCACAACGAGUCGGAGGUCAGCGAGAGUUAUACCCACAAGAAGUUCAAGACCUCGGGCUAUACGCACAAAAAGUUUGGCAAGAAGAGCAGCAAGGAGGUGGGAGCCCAACCCACUGCCUCAGCCACGCCCCUUUUUCGUCCCUACGCCCUGAGCGAGAAUACCCCAAGGAAGCGACGACAGGAGACAGAGCAGAGGAGUAUCCAACAUCAGUUGAUCCACCAGCAUUCACUGCCUCCCACGCCACCCACUACUCCACCGCAGCAGCAGCAGCAAUAUCCGCUGGCGGCCACCCAACUUCCGGUGACCCAGCAUCCGGUCACCCACUCACCGGUCUUCAAUCACCAGGCCUACGCCUACAUGCUACAAAAGCAACGGGCGGUCCUCCAAAUGCGCCAACUGCUCAACAUCAAUCCGGAUGCCAACACCUGGCCUCUGGAAUGGAAACAGGCCCUCCAGGCGCUGCUCCAACAAUGAGCAGAGCGUUGGAGCCUGACAACCAGACUAAAUGAUUCGAAACGGAGUGAUUUGCCUAGCAACCAGUGAUAUAGACCUUUAAGUGACCGCCGACAGAUUGUACAUUAUGAACGGAAGCGAAGCCCUAGCGUAAUUGUACAUAACAUUAAUUA